AGCAGGCGUCAGGGUCGGGAUCGAACCCACGUACCUCCUCCAUCCCAGGUCGAGUCAGUUAUCAUCUCGCCACCGCGGCGUCUUCCCCACGAUGUGCGGGUUGUGUUUGACCAUACUUCACCACGCCGGCCAAUGGGGGUUGGUGAAGAGAGGGCGGGGUGACCUCAGGACCGCUUCAGAUAUCACUCGCCACUGAUGUUAGCCGUGGCCGGGAAUCGAACACGAGCGACUGGGUUCCUGGUGCAGUUCCCUAACGACCGUACCACAACUGCACCCCAGUGAUGCUCAUCUUGAUAGAACAUUUACUGUGCAGGACUGGAUAUGCACAUUACACGCAGAUCUCCCUUAACAUUCUCACUUCCCAGUAAAUUAAGAUCACGGUGUAGUUAUUGGCGAGUGUGUGUGUGUUGAGUUGUAGUUGCUAAUCGAGCUUUGUGCACCACUGCCAACGCAGCAACAGCAGCAGCAACACCAAACAUACUGGGCAACUGAGACCUGCUCGGAGCACUGAUCUCGGACCAAGCGGUGAGGUUUGUGGCAACGAGCCUUUUAAAGUAAAGAACAGUGUAUACUAUUUCUGUUUUAAGGCAGUGCGGACGACAAACGUGGCGAUAUUUGUAGUUUGUGCUAAUCUUCUUUUCACUUUUUGCCCUUUCAGGGAAAUGUAUCUUCAACUUGACAGGAACACCACAGCGGAAGGCGCGCAUGAGCAAAUAAACCGCGCCUGAUACGGUUGUGGCGUAUAGUUCCGGUAACCGGUUCUGGCUAUUUCAGUAUCGGCUGGGAAAAUAUCGAUGGGUUUAAUGAGGCUUCCACAAGGUACCGGGCAGCACAGAAGAUACAGGACAAGGCCACGAGAUAAGGUGGAGAUGCCGAUUGGGAUAUAAGGGGACUCGGGGCGGCAGCUCAGCAUCGUCUUGCUCACGAACCACAGAGAAACAUGCACGGGCUCAUCCUCGCUCUUCUCGUGGGUGUCGCUGCGGCGGCCCCAUACAUGUAUGAGGACCACAUCGUGGGUGGCUCCGAGUGCGCUGCCCACUCGCAGCCGUGGCAGGUGUCCCUCAACAUCGGAUACCACUUCUGCGGAGGCUCCCUGAUCAACAGCCAGUGGGUCGUGUCUGCCGCUCACUGCUACCAGACCGCGUCCCGCAUCUCCGUGCGCAUCGGCGAGCACAACAUCUUCGUGAACGAGGGCACCGAGCAGCAGAUCCAGGCCUCCAAGGCGAUCCAGCACCCCCAGUACAACUCCUGGACCAUCGACAACGACAUCAUGCUCAUCAAGCUGUCCUCACCCGCCACCCUCAAUCAGUACGCGCAGGCCAUCGCGCUGCCCUCCUCCUGCGUCAACACCGGAGUCAUGUGCACCAUCUCCGGCUGGGGCGAGACCCAGACCAGUGUCGGCAGUCCCGACGUCCUCAUGUGCGUCCAGGCGCCCGUGCUGAGCGACACCUCCUGCAGGAACUCCUACCCCGGUGACAUCACCAACAACAUGAUCUGCCUGGGAUACCUGGAGGGCGGCAAGGACUCCUGCCAGGGAGACUCCGGCGGCCCCGUCGUGUGCAAUGGCGAGCUGCAGGGCAUUGUGUCCUGGGGCCGUGGUUGCGCCCUGCCCAACUACCCCGGCGUGUACACCAAGGUGUGCAACUACAACGCCUGGAUCGCGCAGACCAUCGCGGCCAACUAAGCGUGGAUCUAACACACUACUCUUCACCGCGACCAUAACGAUGAGCAUGACAACAAUUCUUAUGGUGUAACCAAAUGAAUAAAAAUGUGAACCAAUAAUUUA